AUGUCUUUUCUAGGAGGCUAUCGACCCAGCUCGCGCAGCUCCCAUUCCAAGUUUGAUAAGACGAGCCACAACGCGCAGCCCUUCUCCCGGAGCAACACCACACUCGACUCCCAACCACCUCCGAGGUCCGGCAGAGGCAUGGCCGGCGUGCUCGACAUCGAACGGUCUCGCACCCGCCGCGAGCGCACCUUUAUUGGCAGCGAAUGUGCUGUCUGUGAGGAGCCAUUGGAGCACACUCUCCGUGGCGAGCGCAUACUCCAGCUGUCUUGCGGCCAUGUCUCGCACGAAGCCUGUUUCUACGAAUACAUCCGCGAGUUUGAUUCGCAGCACUGCCCGACAUGCAACGCGACGCUUGGACUUGACACCAGCCGCGGUGGCAAUGUGUUGGAUUUGGAGAAACUGAGCACUAUGGUCCGAUCUGGGCAGAACGACUCGAAUAGCAGCCACCGCAGCCAGCAAAACACGCCCACGCCAUGGGACAACCAGACAGUGCGGAGCGAAGCGGCGCCUCAGCAGCUGACAGGCAGGCCGCGAAAUGACAGCGACGUCAGCAGCCGGUACCAGCAAUCUCAGCUAUCACGGGCGCGGGACACGCAGCGAGACUCGUCGCAUUCGCGCGAGCGGUCGGAGAACAACAUGCGGACCAUGUCGCGGCAGCACUUGCGGAGUGACAGCGGCGCAACGGGGGUUGCGUCUUCGGGAGACUAUGCGGCCACGCACGACGGCAGGCGACACGACUACGACGUGCAGUCGAUGGAGUCGAGCCUCAGCAGCCCGCGCGGCCUGCUGAAGAGCCCGAUCCCGGCGCCCACGGUGACGGUGCGCAGCGAGUUCCCGACGCUGAGCAAGUCGCGCCAGCAACAGAGCCUGACAUGCCUGGUGACGGUGGAGGUGGUCGAGGGCAAGUGGCGGCCUGAUCCCGACGACGUGCGCGGCGCACCGCCGAUGCCGUCGAUAGCGAACGCCACGGAGCAGUUUGGGCGCACAAAGUCGCCGGUGCGGAACAACCGACAGCUGGACAUGCCGCAUGCGUCCGAGGAGGCGCUGGACGAGAUUACUGAGGACCUGCACGCGCGCGUCGACAACUGGCACGGCCUGGACUUUUCGCGCUUUGGCAAGCUGCGGCUGCACGGCCAUGUGCGCGUCGGCAAGGACCGCCAGUCGUGGCAGGAGCUCGAAUGCUACCUCUUCUCCGAGAUGCUCAUCUGCGUCAAGGAGAAGAAGACCAGCCAGCCCGACAAGUGGGACAGCGACCCGAGCGCGCCCAAGAAGGCCAAGUGCACGCUCAAGGGCUCCAUCCUCAUCAAGAAGCACCUCAACCAGGUCGAGCACUCCCCCGAUGAGGCCAUCCUGACCCUGAGCCUCUCGGUGGCCGAGCUGCCCUCGUUCCAUCUGCAGUUCCAGAACCGGAGCCAGCUCGAGCUAUGGCGCCGCGCUCUCAUGGACAUUCGCAUGGACUUCCCCACCCCGCAGCGCAUGCCAGACUACGACCAGGACAACUCCGGCACCGAGGACGAAGACUACCGACGGCCGAAGCGCAUCUCUUCCAUUGCCUCCUCGUACGGCGCCGCCCGGUCCACUGUUACUGCGCCCACAGAGUACACCAGCUCGCGCGCUGGCGGGCCCGAGCCGCGCCCCUCAGGCGGGCUGCACGUGCCUCUGGACAUCGUCGUCGUUAUUCCAGUCUCUUCAUCCAUGCAGGGCUUGAAGAUCAAUUUGCUGCGCGACACGCUCCGCUUUUUGGUGCAGAACCUGGGUGAGCGCGACCGUAUGGGUCUGGUCACCUUCGGCUCCAGCGGCGGCGGCGUGCCCAUCGUAGGCAUGACAAGCAAGAACUGGAGGGACUGGUCGAAAGUGCUCGACUCGAUUCGCCCCGUAGGCCAGAAGAGCCUCCGCGCAGAUGUGGUGGAAGGUGCCAACGUGGCCAUGGACCUGCUCAUGCAGCGCAAGUCGAACAACCCUCUCUCCAGCAUUCUCCUGAUCAGCGACUCGUCGACUUCGGAUACUGAGAGCGUCGACUUCGUGGUCUCACGGGCUGAGGCCGCAAAGGUUGCCAUCCACUCUUUCGGUCUCGGAUUGACACACAAGCCCGACACCAUGAUUGAGCUCUCUACGCGAACCAAAGCGUCGUACACCUACGUCAAGGACUGGAUGAUGCUCCGUGAAUGCGUGGCGGGUUGCCUCGGUUCUCUGCAAACCACCUCUCACCAAAACGUAAAGCUCAAACUACGCCUGCCAGAAGGGUCUCCGGCAAAAUUCGUCAAGAUUAGCGGCGCUCUUCACAUCACCAAACGCGCUACUGGCCGCGACGCCGAGGCAUCGUUGGGCGACCUGCGCUUCGGCGACAAGAGAGAUAUCCUCGUACAGCUGGCCAUUUCACCAGACACCGCGUCUCCGGAGCAGCUUCCGCAAGACCCUUGGGAAACCAUCGUUUCAGGACUGGAGGCCCUAGGUGGGCCCCUCGACCAGGAUGAUUCCCGUACCCUUAGCGUCGAAGAAGUUCCCUUGAUCCAGGCGGACCUCAUCUACGGCGACAUUCUUCGGGACGGCUCAAUCGCACACCUACCACGCCCAUCCCUGCUAGCCAUCACCAUCUUGCCUUCGUCGUCGAAGAAGAACUCAAGCGGCCGACCCCCGACACCACCUAUUCCGCCGCAUCCUCAUGUUGUGCAGCGGCGAAUGGAACUGCUCACUUCAGACAUGUUGACUCGCGCGCUUACUCUGGUCUCACGGGGUCAGCAUGACAGGGCACACCAUCUGUUGAAAGAGACGAGGAGUAUCUUAAAGGGACUUGGAAAGGGUGGCCUCCCUCCGCUUCCUCCGCCUGGUCACCGACGAAACGAUCCGUCAAGCGCACCCGGCAGCACAGGUCAGAACUCCCCAGUGGAUGGCAGCGACCGCCCCAGGACACCGUCGCCGCACGCGGAGAAUCCCUUCACCCCGGCCGCAGGUAUCGAUGCGACCACCAUGCAUGCACUCGACGCUGAAUUGGAAUCCAGCUUGGAAUGGAUCAAUCACCCUGCAGUGUUCGGCCGGGACUCGCGCAAGGCCGUGCUCCAAGCAAUUGGCGUCAUCUCAUCCCAGCGUGCAUACACAUUCCGGACCCCAUCCGAAGGCCUGUGGGCCGACCGCAUAUUGGGCGUCAAGCGCCUCGCUGAGCGUGCACGGGAGUGGCGCGAGGCCGACGACCAGCCACUCAUGGAAGAACAAUAA